AUGAGUGACAUAUCACCGUUAAAGGCAUUACAUAAUGCUACCACCAAGGGAGAACCUAUUACCUUUGUUAUAAUAGAUGGAGAAAAAUCCGAUGUCACGGAGUCAAUAAAGGAUGCUACUCAUGUUAAAUUUGGUGAAUCUCAGUUUGACUUGAAUACUAUCACUAACUUUUAUAAUGAUGAUAAGGCACAAGGUCUUCGAGCUGUUGUAUUCUGUUGGUUACAUGAUAAAUCCUCCAUUGUUGAUUAUAGAAAUGAAUGUACUGAGUUGAAGAUUCCUGAUUUUAAGUUUUUAGUGAAAACAGAGUUAACAACUUGGUUAAAUGGAAAUUCAGAUACAUGUAAAUUCGUCAAAGAUGAGGAUGUGAGUGAUACCAAAUCAUCUAAAUCUAAAUCUUCAACUUCUAAAACAUCUACUGAAACUUCAGGUAAAAAACAUAAGUUAGAAGAUCCUCAAAUAGAAAGAAUCUCCCAUUUUGAAAGAGAAUCAAUAGAUCAUAAUGCCGCUUUAAGAGGUUCCAAGAAUAUUGAUUUUGGUUACUUAAUAUCAGAUGCAAAGAAAUUUAUAAGUCAAUUGAAGCGUUCUAAACCAGCCAAUGAUUCAAAAUCUAAGUCUACUGGCCCAAAGAAACAACCACUUAUCAUUGUCUCUCCUGCUACUACUGCAUUAUUAUCAUUAUCUAAUGUAAAAGAAUUCCUAGAAGAAGGUACUUUUGUCGAACCUAAUCCAAGUGAAAGACCUGCAGGAGGUCUUGUAACUGUUACUCAUAAAUCUGAAAACUUAAUAUCUUCAGCACAACAAAUAAUGGUGGUUGAUAACGUUGAAAUGUUUAAUAAACCUGAAUAUUGGGAUAGAGUGGUUGCUAUUUUCACAACUGGUCAAACUUGGCAAUUUGCUAAAUACAAAUAUUCUAAACCUGAAGAAUUAUUUCAAAAGUAUGCUGGUUACUAUUUCGCUUAUCAAGCUGAACCAACUCCUCAACAGAUAAAGGAAUGGAAUGUAACUGAAAUUAAAGUUGAUAGAGAUAAGAGGUUUAGAGAUAAGAUGAUUGUAAGGGAUUUCUGGGCCGACGUUGAGAAGAUCCUUAUUGCUAAGGGCUACGGUAAAGAUUAA